AUGGUGAUCCAAAGACAACUUGUUCUACAAGGAGAUUCCAAAUCGGCUCCAUAUGCUUCAAUUUUGACAUUGGCUGCUGGCGGACAUUCAAUUGAAAAGUCAAUUUUGUUGAAAGAAGGACAAGCAUUGAACCUUAACUUGUAAGUCAACUUUUUUAAAAAUAAAAUUGAAUUGAAUGAAUUUUUAAUUUCAAGGGAUGGUGAACGAAUUUCGAAUGAUAUUACGAUUUCUCGAAUUAUUGCUCAAAGUUCGAAAAAUUCAAAUGAACUGUUAGGUGGUUCAUUCAAUGAUUUCGCUCAAAUUGAUGAGAUUCUCAACAUUGCUGAAGAUAUUCUUUCUGGUUCAGCUGCUCCACAAACUUUGAACUCUGUUCAACCGCUUUCUGGUCCAUUGAACUUGGCUGAUUUGGCUAUUUUUUCGAUUGCUCAUAACAAUUCUGAUUUGAAAAAGAAAUUCUCAGGAGUUAUUGAGAAAGUUUUGGGUGAUUCGAGAUUGGGAAUUGCUCAUAAUACAGUAGGAAUCUACAAAGUUGAAGUUGCUCAAUCACAAACUCAAAAACCAACGAAAGAAAAGAAGAAAGACGAAGGAAAAUUCGUUGAAUUACCAGGAGCUGAAAAAGGAAAAGUUGUUGUUCGUUUUCCACCAGAAGCAUCUGGAUAUCUUCAUAUUGGACAUGCAAAAGCAGCACUUUUGAAUCAAUAUUAUCAACAAGAAUUUGAUGGCCAACUCAUUAUGAGAUUUGAUGAUACAAAUCCAGCAAAAGAAAAUGCUCAUUUUGAACAAGUUAUCAAAGAGGAUUUGAAAUUAUUGAAUAUUAUUCCUGAUAGAUGGACACAUUCAUCUGAUCAUUUUGAACUUCUUCUUGAAAUGUGCGAAAAAUUGUUGAAAGAAGGAAAAGCUUAUGUUGAUGAUACUGAUACAGAAACAAUGAGAAAUGAAAGAGAAGCAAGACAAGAUAGUAAAAAUAGAAAUAAUACACCAGAAGUAAAUUUGAAAUUAUGGAAUGAGAUGAAAGAAGGAACUACAAAAGGAUUAACAUGUUGUGUUCGAAUUAAAAUUGAUAUGAAAUCAAAUAAUGGAGCAAUGAGAGAUCCAACUAUUUAUCGGUGUAAACCAGAAGAACAUGUUAGAACUGGAUUGAAAUAUAAGUAAGUUGAAUAUGAAUAAUUGCAAAAAUAAUUAAUUAUACAUAUUUUAAGAGUUUAUCCAACUUAUGAUUUCACAUGUCCAAUUGUGGAUAGUAUCGAAGGUGUUACACAUGCUCUCAGAACAACUGAAUAUCAUGAUCGGUUAGUUACAUAUAUUUCUAGAUUCAUAUAAAAACUAAUAAUUUAUAGAGAUGAUCAAUAUUAUUUCAUUUGUGAUGCUCUUGGUCUUCGACGUCCUUAUAUUUGGGAAUAUGCUCGAUUGAAUAUGACAAAUACUGUUAUGUCAAAAAGAAAAUUGACAUGGUUUGUUGAUGAAGGACAUGUUGAAGGAUGGGAUGAUCCAAGAUUGCCAACAGUUCGAGGAGUUAUGAGAAGAGGUUUAACAGUUGAAGGAUUGAAACAAUUUAUUGUUGCACAAGGAGGAUCAAGAAGUGUUGUUAUGAUGGAAUGGGAUAAAAUAUGGGCAUUCAAUAAAAAGGUUCGAUUUUUUAUCCUUUGAUUAUUUACAAAAUGUAUUUUUUUUAGGUAGUUGAUCCAGUUGCUCCAAGAUAUACUGCUUUGGAUACAUCAUCUCCAUUAGUUGUUGUUGAAUUAACUGAUAAAUUGAAUGAUGAAGUUUCGAGCGUUGCUCUUCAUCCAAAAGAUUCAUCAAUUGGAAACAAAGAAAUUCAUCGAGGAAAACAAAUUCUUCUUGAACAAAUUGAUGCAGCAACAUUAAAAGAAGGAGAAACAGUUACAUUUGUUAAUUGGGGUAAUAUUAAGAUCAAUAAAAUUACCAAAAAAGCGAAUGUAAUUACUGGAAUCAAUGCAACUCUGGAAUUGGAUAAUAAGGAUUAUAAGAAGACAACAAAAGUUACAUGGAUUGGCCAAACUAAAAACGGAUCAACAAUUCCAGUUGUUACUGCUGAUUAUGAUCAUAUUAUUAGUAAAGCAAUUAUUGGAAAAGAUGAAGAUUGGAAACAAUUUAUCAAUUUCGAUUCUGUGGUAUGUGUUUUUUUUCCGUAAUUUUUUUCAUGAAAAAAAAUGAAUUUCAGAAAUACACAAAAAUGGUUGGAGAACCAGCAAUCCGAAAUUUGAGAAAAAGGCGAAAUUAUUCAACUUCAACGAAAAGGAUUCUAUAUUGUUGA